AUGGCACCAUUUUCUUUUACAUACUAUCAAUAUUUAUAUGUUGCUACAUCGACUAAUACAACAAUGAUGCUGGCUUUUCGUCAAGAUCCUAACUAUUGGUGUCUAGAUGAUAUUUCAGUCGAAUACAACGGAAUGCAGAUGUGGCAAAAUGGUGGUUUUGAAACGAGUCCAUUAACUCAAUAUUAUACUUACUGUAAUCCGAGUGGAGCUAGUGCUAGUGGUACCAUAUCGGCAUCAUGCUCUCAUUCCGGUAGCUAUAGUUUCUACGAUGGUGCAGUAGGAUUUUCAGAUUAUCUCAGUCAAUCUUUCACAACAGUGAUCGGUGCAAGCUAUAACAUCAGUUUUUGGCUGGCUAACCAAGGCAGCACUCCAAAUAGUGCCCUAGUCAUCAUUGGCUGA